AUGUCUCGUCCGCCCGCAUAUUCCAUUGACGACAUCAAUGAGUUCGUCAUCCCUGACGAACCGAUUGACACGCCUACCUCCGCUAACAAUCAGCAAUCACUGUCGCUGACGUCGCAAGGGGCGCUGCGAUCGCUGGCGUCGGCGGGGAUGUUUUCCGGGUUUAUGCCCAAAGUCGACCUUUCCCUGACAUUUUCCGCUUUCACUACGUCCACCAGUACCACUAAUAAAGUCAGAGAACGUCAGUAUACUGGUGGUGAUACUUUGGAUGAGCCGGUGUGGGCUACUCUCAAGCGCGACGGUCUGCAGAUUCUUAGGCGCCUCUUCAUCGUGGUGUGGCCGAUGCAAUUGACCAAGCUCGCCUCUACUCACCAGCUGCGGCUUGUGAACUUUGCUCAGGCCAAUGGUCUCCGUCUUCCUUCCAGUCUUAGUCGCGUUGUCGAUGUUGACGAGCAAGACGCCGGUGAAUCGGCGACGGGGAUUCUGAAUCAAGAUUUGGUGUUGGAGACAUUGGACUGGGACUUAUGGGGUCCACUCAUAUUUCUGCUUGUGUUCAGUGUGUGCCUUGGGAUGCUGGCAACUGAUACCAACGGAGUGUUUUCGGGGUCGUUUGCGUUUGUGUGGUUAUUCUUCUUCAUCAUUGGGCUCAACAUUCAGCUUCUUGGCGGUACGAUUUCUUUCCUCAGUGCCAUCUCGGCGGCAGGCUACCUGAUGUUCCCCAUUGUUCUUGGUGAGGUAAUCUGCCUGUUGUUGCUUAAGCACAAGUUUUUCCGUAUUAUUUUAAUGGCUGUGCUCAACGUGUGGAGUAUCUACGUGGGGCUGCUUAGUCUCAAAUGUCUGGGGGUAUUGCCGGGAAGAGUGCUUCUUGCGAUGUACCCAUUGGCCCUCAUGUACUGCAUGCUUCUGUGGUUGGUUGUGAUCACUUAG